CAGGCAGCAGUGUUCAGUGUUAGUAGGGGAGCGUUGAAGGUGGAGGACUCUCACACACUGUCUGGCUGCAGGGAUCUGAGGAAGACUAACUGGGAUAUAACCAGAUUAAACUAACGGUGGGAUAGACGUGGGCUAGACCAGGCUACAACCAAGUCAAAGAAACAAACAGGAUCUUUUCCAUAUAGCCUGAGUGUUGUGGCUCUAUAACCACAGAAGAGAUGAAAGUGCGUGGUGGGCCUCCACCCUCUUCCCUGUGUGCGUGGGUGGUGCUGCUUUUUUUGGUGGAGUCAGGUGAACCCUACCGGACCCCAUACGACCAGGAACAAGACCAGAACAGAGACAGGGACAGAGAGAGGACAGACUCCAGGCUAGACACCAGGACAGACACCAGGCUAGACACCUGGGCAGACUCCAGGCUAGACUCCAGGACAGACACCAGGACAGACACCAGGGACUACCAGAGAGAUGCCAGGCCAGACACCAGGCCAGACACCUGGGACUACCACAGAGAUGCCAGGCCAGACACCAGGACAGACUCCAGGGACUACCAGAGAGAUGCCAGGCCAGACACCAGGCCAGACACCUGGGACUACCACAGAGAUGCCAGGCCAGACACCAGGCCAGACACCUGGGACUACCACAGAGAUGCCAGUGAGGUGAGGGGUAAAGAGUGUCAGCGGUGCUGUGACCCUGGAGAGGAGGUCCGUACUCAGUCUGCCAACCCCCAGUACCCACAACACUACCCACAGUACCAGGCGGUGCCACAGAUCAACAUAACCAUCCUCAAAGGUGAGAAGGGGGACAGCGGCCAGCGAGGACCCUACGGUAAAUCCGGCAAGUCCGGCCAGUCCGGCCCCCGUGGGCCCAACGGCAUCAAGGGCACCAAGGGGAUCAUGGGGGCCCCGGGUGACCCCUGCAAGGCCCAGUACGCUGCCUUCUCCGUGGGCCGCAAGAAGGCCAUCCACUCCAACGACUACUACCAGACCUUAGUGUUCGACACUGAGCUCGUCAACCUCUACGGCCACUUCAACAUGUUCACCGGCAAGUUCUACUGCUACGUGCCGGGAAUCUACUACUUCAGCCUGAACGUGCACACGUGGAACCAGAAGGAGACGUACGUGCACGUGAUGCAUAACGAGAGAGAGGUGGUGAUCCUGUAUGCCCAGUCCAGUGACCGGAGCAUCAUGCAGAGCCAGGGCCUGAUGCUAGAGCUGGAGCAAGAGGACCAGGUGUGGGUCCGGCUGUUCAAAGGAGAGAGGGAGAACGCCAUCUUCAGCGAUGACUUUGAUACCUACAUCACCUUCAAUGGACACCUUAUCAAGCCCAAGAGUGAGGGGUAGGGGUCGGUUGGGACUGUUUCCCAAAUGGCACCCUAUUAGCUGUAUAGUCCACUACAUAGGGAACAGGAUCCCACUUGGGACGCAUUCUGGUGGGGUUGUGGGCUUGUAUGAUGGACCAGUGUGACGCGAGAAGGAGAACAAAAUGUGAAGAAGAUUGGUUCCCAGUUCAUAGAAGAAUAUCUUCUUCACGUUCUUAUUGGGUCUUUUUAUGUGUGUUAUAAUAACUGUAUUUUAAUCCAGAUAUCAAAAGAGAUAUUGACUUACUUUGAGAAGUAAACCAAGCCACUUGUUAAUUUGGCAAAAACAUGUUGCACACACAGCCUGAUGAAGAUUGAUGAUCGUUUGGAGGUUUUGUCAGGAAACAACCAAACAGGAUCAAUUCAAGAUGGCCACAGUUCAAGAUGGCCACAAUUCAAGAUUACCACAAUUCAAGAUGGCCACAAUUCAAGAUGGCCACAAUUCAAGAACGCUACAACAACCCACACGGGAAGUAGUGGUGCUGAGGGUGCUGCAGCACCCCCUGAUGAAUAAAACAAUAUAAUAUUAAUAUAAUAUAAUAAAAUAAAAACUGGAAUUACACCCCCCCACCAGAUGAGUGCUCUAGGCCUUUAUUACUCCUGUAUGAGAUGGGAAAAAUACUUGUCAACAGAGCGGAGAAAAAUUAUCCUCAGGGUAGGGAUGUCCCAAGGAUCUCAGAUAGCAAUAAUCGUGUUCAAAGUGCCUUGAUUGUGUGAAGCACUCUCUUGCAGAUAUACCAUUCUUACAGUACUGUUUCACUUUUGGCCAGUAAAUCUUAAAAAUGGCACAUUGACUCCCUGCAACACUUAGGCUGCGUCCCAAAUGGCACCAUAUUCCCUAUUUAGACACUGUUUUUUUUCUGGUAAAAAAACCCUGUAUAACGGAAUACCGUUACGGUGCUUUUUGGACGCAGAACCUUUAUGAAUCAUGUAUUUUGAGUGUAUUUUGUGUGAUGCAAAGUAUUAUGAUUCGUAUCAACUUUGCACCCAGAUAAACUGUAUGUUGGGUUAAGAGCACUCCUCAUAGCUUUCAGAUGUAGAGACGAUAAUAAAAAUAUUUUUUUGAGUUAGACACAGAUUGGACAUAUUACACUGUAAACACAUCCAUUUAAAUGUCAAUAUAUAUUUAUUGUCAAUUUCAACUUAAUAGAUCUUUAUUGUCCCCAGUGUAAAACUGUUGUAUACAUAGAUAUCAUAAAACAUGUCAUAAAAUGACCUAGACUAGAUAAAGCAACAGGUGCUAAAAUGGACUUCAUAUGAACUAGACAAAGCAUGGCAUAUCUGUACAUUCACUCACAUAGUUGCAUUCUGGUUGUUUGGUGCCUGUGGACAUUCAAACCUUGUAAGCAAACUGUAUCUGUAGGUUUAUGUUAUUGUACUAGGGUGGGGUUGUCCUUCUUUGAAAUAUGAAAUGAAAAACCCAGAACUAAUAUUGACAAUGGAAGCAUCCCAAAUGGCACCCUAUUCCUUGGGCAGUUACUUCUGACCAGAGCUCUAUGGGCCGUGGUAAAAAGUAGUGCACUACAUAGGGAAUAGGGUGCCAUUUAGGGCGCGGUGACAAUAUUCUUUCAUAGUGGAUUUAACCUACCAUGUAUAAUACAACAAUAGGACCAGCUAUACUGAACGUGAGCUGCAAAACCCGCCGCAUAAUUACAUGUGGAGCUUUUACUUUUUAAAUGGUGUUCGGGUAAAAGAAACAAUCCAUACAGUAUAUAUUGUAUUGUAUUUUGCAAAUUGUUUGAAAUAUAAUUAUGUGCUUUUUUUUAUUGUUAAAUAUUAUAAUGUCAAGUGUAACACCAGUGGUGAAAAAAAUAUAUACCAAAAUCAUAUCAAGUUCGACAUAAAAAUGAUUUUUUUUGUUGUUGCCACAAGCCAGUAUUCACUUUCCAUGAAACCUCAAGUCAUUUAGUAUGUCAAGGAUGGUUUCCCAAUAUUCUGUUUAUACAAGUUGAUGACAGCCAAUCAGAUGAAGAAGUCCCUAGAGCUCACUAUUAGCCCCCAAGGUCAGGGCCCCAUUCCAAACCAAACCCUCACACCCUAUCCCUGGGUCCUAUUUGGGCCUUGUUACAAAACCAAACCAUCACACCCUAUCCCUGGGUCCUAGUUGGGCCUUGUUACAAAACCAAACCAUCACACCCUAUCCCUGGGUCCUACUUGACUUCCCCUCAUGGCUUUUGAAUGACAGGUCAUUGUCAGUCAAAUAAUUUAUACUGAACAAAAAUAUAAACGUAGCAUGCAACAAUUUAAAAUAUUUUCCUGAGUUACAGUUCAUGUAAGGAAAUCGGUCAAUUUAAAUAAAUGUAUUAGGCCCUAAUCUAUGGAUUUCACAUGACUGGGCAGAGGUGCAGCCAUGGGUGGGCCUGGGAGGGCUUAGGCCCACCCACUUGGGAGCCAGGCCCAGCCAAUCAGAAUUCGUUUUUCCCCAUAAAAGGGCUUUAUUUCAGACAGAAAUUACUCCUCAGUUUCAUCAGCUGUCCAGGUGGCUGGUCUCAGGUGAAGAAGCCAGAUGUGGAGGUCUUGGGCUGACAUGGUUACCCAUGGUCUGCGGUUGAGAGGCUGGUGGGACAUACUGCCAAAUUCUCUAAAAUGAUGUUUGUUGGCGGCUUAUGGUAGAGAACUGAACAUGAAAUCUCUGGCAACAGCUCUGGCGGACAUUCCUGCAGUCAGCACGCUCCCUCAAAACUUGAGACAUCUGCAGCAUUGUGUUGUGUGACAAAACUGCACAUUUUAGAGUGGCCUUUUUAUUGUCCCCAGCACAAGGUGCAUCUGUGUAAUGAUCAUGCUGAUUAAUCAUCUUCUUGAUAUGCCACACCUGUCAGGAGGAUGGAUUAUCUUGAAAAAUGAUAAAAAAAAUCACUAACAGGGAUGUAAACAAAUUUGUGCACACAAUUUGAGAGACAUACGCUUUUUGUGCAUAUGGAAAAUGUUUUAUUUCAGCUCAUGAAAGACGGAACACUUUACAUGUUAAGUUUAUAUUUUGUUCAGUAUAAGUGAAACUCCAGUUUCUAAUGAAUUAGUUCACUUAUUUUUCUGGACAAGUAACAGGGUCCAGACAAAGUCAUCCAACCCUUUUCGAUGAGCUAAAAUGGAAGUAAAAAAGGAUGUGGAGAGGAAGGCCAGGAAAUACUUACCCAAAACCAGAAAUGACAGGAAACUGUUUUAGUGCAUGCAGAUGUACGUAUUUGAUAUACUGUCAGUGAAAGCUGUCUACUGUUGACUUUCUUUUAAUUGAACCUUUAUUCAUUCAUGCGAGUCAAUUAAGAACAAAAUCUUAUUUACAAUGACGACCGGGCAGCCACUACAGUAUGGAUUGUUUGAAAGUAGUUUUGAUAUAUAAAGAUUAAACUGAGAAUGUAUAUGGUUCAUAUUCAUUAAAAAUACAAAU